AUGGACGAGGACAAGCGAUUGUACCCGCUGUUGACGCGCUCAACCAAUGGCGUAACCGCAUCAAGUCGCUCGCGGCAUGUUGUGCCGUCAAGUGGCAGCAGCUCCGGGAGCCGCUUCCCGUCCACCGAGCGCUCGCGGCAGUUGAACCUCAGCCAAGUGUCGACGCUCAGCGCCGUCUCCACGGGCUUUGACGAACUGAGUCGCGUAUCCCGCUACUCGUCAGCUUCUUCGACUUCGUCGACGUACUCGGCCACGUCUUCAGCUGCUUCUUCCAGUGGCAGUGGCGGGGACCGCUGGGCGCCGCAGCACACGUCCAACUCGUGCACGUUGUGCCGCGAGAAGUUCUCACUUCUUCGUCGCUCCCAUCGCUGUCGACGUUGCGGCUAUUUGUUCUGUGCCAAGUGUUCAAGGUUCAAGGCCGCAUUGACGGGUCAUACGCACAAAUCGAGGCUAUGUGAGACGUGUUUCCCCAAGGUUUUAUCGGGCAGCCAGCCGCCGAUGAAUGCGUUUGUGCACUCCAAAGCGUGGGUACCUCGCGGCGUGUUCACGCACAUGUUGAGUUACUUGAACCACGUGGAUCUGUGCUUGGCGUCAAUGACGUGUCGCUUCUGGUAUAAGCGAGCUCUGCUGGACAUUACGUGGCGGCCGUUGUACAUUAAGAGUUUUGGAGACGAUGAAAGCAGUCCACAGCGCGAGUCGCUGGUGGCUUUUCAGCGUGAAGUACACGGCAUUGGGUUCGAGAACUUGUCGUGGUAUAAUAAGUUUGCGAUCCGCUGGACAGCGCGCAAAGCUGCGGAGAAGAAGAAGAGCUUCUUGGUCAUGUCUAGCUUGCUGGCAUCGCUGAAGCUUAGUAAGUACGCGCCGCUGUUUGAAGCUGAAGAGAUUGACAUUGAAUCGCUGUGUUUGAUGAAUGCUGGUCACCUGCGUGACCUCGGCAUUCCUUUCGGCCCUCGCAUGAAGUUGCUAAAUGCUGCAGCGUGUUUGGCGGACUUUAACGAAGACGACGACGAAGACGAUGAUGAUCGACCGUCCAUGGAGUCGAAGCCUAUUACACCGGUGGCUCGAUUCAAGCAGAAGCGUGCUGAGAUGAAGCACUUCCGUGCAGGACUUGUCCGCCGCGUGCAGCAGUCGGCGGUCCGUGUUGCUAUCCUGACCAACGAAGGAGAGCUUUGCAAUGUAGGCUCUGGUAUCAUCAUUCACGAGGACGGACUUAUUGCUACUGCCCGGCAUUGCCUCCAGGGUGAGCAGUUUGACUGUAUCUACAGCGACGAUUACAUGAUCCUGGUGGCGCCCACGGAAUCUACGUCGCUGCCGCCAUUAUGGAAGUAUCAUGCACGUGUGAUUCCUGAGUGUUGCAAUGAGGAACUCGAUUACGCUCUUUUGCGCUUGGACUGCGAGGUCAUUUCAGAUCCGCCCAGCGGACUGUACAUUGGUGAUGUGACGGACCGGACGAUUGCGCGCAACUGGACAGUGACGAAACUAGAAGGCACGUGUCGAGAAACGAUCGGCAGAUUGCCAGCGGUGCGUAUCGGCAAUUCAAACAAUGUCGAGCCAGGAGACGAAAUGUGGAUGUUUGGUUAUCCGAGCAGCGGUCACAACACCAUCACAGUGCAUCAUGCCAUCUGCUCUGGAACCGACUCUCAAGUGUACGAGGGUGAAGAAGUUGACAAAGCGAUGCUCCGCACAGCCGCUCAGCUAGACAAUGGAUUCAGCGGUGGAGCUGCCGUGGACAGGAAGGGUCUGCUUGUAGGUUUGAUUUCCUUCAGCGUGUUGCGCCAGGAUCGUGUGCGUGCUAUCAACAUGGUCAAAGGAGCCAUUGAGUACGCAAAGCGCGAGUAUAAGUUCUCAUGA